AUGCCGGGAGAGGAUAUAGGUAAUCCUCGGCAAGAAGAACUCCGCCAAAAGGCCCGAGGCCUACCAGGACAGGGAUAUACUCCUAGUGACCUACUUAAAAACCGGCCGUUAGAAAUCAGCACACUCGACAAUGUCCCGCGACCGGAUCAACUAGAGCAGGCAUUCCGUGAGCAACUACACGGGGCCCAUGAAGAACAAGAGGCCCUAGAGCUAGAACUAGAGCAAGAGCGGCUUGAACAGGAACUCAAUGUCUCACAGUGUGAGAUUUUGUCUCAGCUAGAAUCAUCACCGCAGCAGCAUCACGUGGAGUCUUCCUCCGAGCCCAAGACAGGCCUAAAACAUGGAAGUUCCAUGCAAGAAGGAGCGGACCAACUGACCCUUGACCCACAAGGACAAGAGGAAUCCAUGAGCGGCCGGACUGGAAAGCCGUCAUUGGAAAUCAAUACACACGUCCAACCAGAGCAAGAGAUCAAGCAAGUGAGAGAUAUUCAUUCACAUGCAGAACGUCCAGUGACUCAGUUCGACUUCCAAAACUUAGAAGCUGGAUCUGAGGGAGAUUUCGGUAAUCGGGAUGGCAACAGCUCCAACAUACUGCCUGCUGGUCAGCGCACUGGAUAG